CCGCCAACAAACAGCGGGCCGUUGAAGAGUGAAUGGAGAACUUCAUCCUGUACGAGGAGCUUGGGACAGGCAGGAGCUCGGUUGUCUAUAAAGGAAGAAGGAAGGGCAAUCUCAACUAUGUAGCCAUUAUCUGCACUGACAAAGCCAAGCGACCUGAGAUCACUAACCAUGUACGUCUGAGCCAUGAUCUGGAUCAUCCAAACAUAGUAUGCUUCUAUGAGUGGUAUGAGACGAGUAAUCACCUCUGGUUGGUGGUGGAGCUCUGUACAGGUGGUUCCCUGCAGACUGUAAUUGCUAAUGAUGGAUUUCUGUCAGAAGAUGUGGUGAGGAGGUUUGGAUGGGACUUGGUGAAAGGACUGAAACAUAUCCAUGAAUUAGGAAUCAUUUUCUCUGACUUGACCCCUGCUAAGAUCCUACUGGAUGGUAGUGGCAUUCUGAAGUUUGGUAACUUCUGUACGUCCAAGGUAGAGGGAGAGACACUGGAUCAUUUCUUUAGCUUGCUCUCUACACCUGAGGAGUCAGGUGAAGGAGAUAACAGGAAAAGACUACAAGGUUCUCCCACUUACAGCGCUCCAGAGGUUUUGCAGGGAUCAGAAACCAAUAGGAGCUCUGAUCUCUGGGCUCUGGGUUGUAUACUCUACUACAUGUACACUGGUAAACCUCCAUUCUGUUCUGAUAGCUGCACUGAACUGACGGAAAUGAUUUUACAUCAGGAACCACGACCUCCCAGACAGACAGAGUUUUCAUCCAGUCCACCCAGUGAGGACUUCCAGAAUCUUCUGAAACGCUUGCUCAACAAAAACCCAGAUAGGAGAUACACAAGGAUCCCUGACCCUUUUUUCCUAGGACAGGUAGAUGAGCAUCCCAACAGCCACUCAGCCAUCACUCAGCCAGCCCUUAGGAUUUCCAAGAAAUUGAUUUCAUCACAGACAACAAUUGCAACAACUCACAGACCAUCUGACAGGAGGACUGAUUGCCAACAAGGAGGAGAGGGGGAAGCAAAGACAGAAGAUGACCCCAAGCCAGCUGAGGCCCAGCAGAUGUGCCACACACUGCAGCCCAAUAAGUCAUUCAUUGAUAACGUAUCAGAGCUCAGGCCAAAGAGUGGUGUGGAUGAGGACAAUACUGAGGCCAUUUUUCUGCUCAGCUCCCGUGCCAACUCGAGGAGAAGCUGUAGUGUCUCAGACCUCCCGAACCAGACGCCUGCGCCUCAAGAACAUGCCAGUACUGACACUGACAUCACAUCCUAGAAAGCUCUUCUCCAUACUGACUCUGAUCUGACUAUCACCCCAAUCAUGGACAACCCCAAGAUUCUUAAGAGUCCUCCCGUGCGUUUUGAUCCAAAAACCCUUUGUGUACCAGCAUAUCCAGUUGAGAAGCUGCAGUCCCUGAGUGAUGAUGAGUGGGCUGUCUUCCUCUUACAGCUCUGUUCAUCCCUUGGAGAACAGAACCCCUCAGCUCCUCUCUCGUCCUCCUCCACUGCUCCUCCUCCUCCUCCUCCUCCUCUCUCCUCAGCCACUCGAUCAAGGCUCAAUCUGCUGUGCUACCUCUGCUGCGUGAUUGGACAUAAAAAUAUUGCUAACAGGCUGAUUAACUCAACACUGGCUGUGUCCACACUAACAGACCUGUUGAGAGACAACCUGAGGAAUAGCAAAAUAAAACAGUUCCUGCUGCCACCACUCGGGGAGUUCCUCUACCUCAUCACCUCUCAGGAGGAGAAGAGAGGCUCCCCAGAGGGACUGUGGUUCGUUCCCGCUGCCGCCUACACUGGCUUAAUGAGGAGCCUGCGGGAAGGGGAUGAUCCUAUAAUUCAUCACAUGGCUGCAAAAGCCAUAGAGAACAUCUCCACCACUGCCUCUGGCCCCUCCCACCACCUGGUUACCACAGAGAUGGGCUCCGCCCUGUGGUACCUGUUCACUCACUCCACUGUGGAGGCUGUUAGAGUCACAGCCAUCUCUUCUCUUUCUAGACUAACCCGGGUGGUGCCAGCAGUCUUUUUGUCAGUGAUUGACACCUGUGGCCCUGUGGCUAUCUUGGAGGCAGUGAGUGGAGCGGGAGCCAGGGUCCAGCAGCAUCUGCUCACAGCUAUGGCCACUGCCCUACUCAGCUCACGCAUCCAAACACACCGCAUCACACAGAACAGGGAUUUGGUGUUGAAGGUGCUGCGCUGUCUAGAGAGUCCAUCUACAGUAACAAGAGCCAAAGCCUUACUACUACUACUGCUGUUAAUACAGGACAACACGCACACACUGCUUUACUGCUGUCAACACAGACUUGUGAUGUACAUGGAGAGAGACCUGCGCAAAGCCACUCCCCUCAGAGAGAACCCCAGCCAGUCAGGAUACCUGUCUCAGUGUCUGGACCUACUGAUCAUGUAUCUGAGCAGCACUGCACCACUGAUUCUGGAGGAAGUCUUAUGUGCAUUACGAGGUGUGAUCGGGAGGAGACACCCAUCUACAGCUCAGAGCAGACAGCUUAAACACACUUUGCCUACAAUGUCUGUACUGCUCGAACUUCUUUCAUCACAGGUUUUUAGGUCUCAAAUUGUAACUGAAGAGUUUCUAGCUCAAAUUGGAUUGCUGCUGAACUAUAUCACCUCUAUAGAGUCCAAUGAAACAAAUCUGGCCAGUGCUCUGGGUGCAACAGUGUGUGAGGAGUUGAUUAGGACAUCUCUGUCCAUUGUGGAAGUCCUGAGUCAGCACCAUGCUCUCACCGCUCCACAUCAUAGUGCUGUUGUGGAUGCCAUCCUGCCACCUCUGACAACGCUGGCUUUCAGCAGAAACGUGGAGUGCUCUGUGUUUGUUUUGAGGGUACUGUCCGAACUCAGUCUUAUCCUGCUAGUACAGGAGAGUGAUGGAACGGAGGAAGAUGAGGGGACAGAGAAAAAAAAAGGGAGGAGAGAGGAAGGAGGAAGAGGAGAAGGAAUAGUUGAUGGAAACUCUCAUCAAAUCUCAGCUCUCAUCAUUAAAUCUCUGCUUCCAAGGUAUGAGUCUCUUCUUCGAGCAACAGAACCUAUCCCGCUCUACGCACUCAAACUGCUGGUAUCGAUGACUGAACACAGCACGCAGAUCUGCAGUUUGAUCAAACACAGUCGGAUCCUACCAACGGUCUUUCAACUCAUUAUGACUAACAGUAGUAAUGUCACCAGUGGGAUGAUCCAGAAUGCAGUCGCCUUGCUGUGUAAUCUUAGUGGAGACACAGUGUUGGACCUGGAGCCACCAUACCAACAAGACCUAAUAGAGGUGGUGGUGAGCACUCUCUCAGAAGCUGCACUAGUCCACUUGGAUGAGGAGGGGCAUGCUGGGAAGAAGGUCAGCCAUCUUGUGUUACAAGCCCUUCUGGAACUGCUUCACAACAUCCUAAAACAAACAUCUGUUGUGGUCCGCUCCGCACUGCAGAGCCAGAGGCUAUCUUGUCCAGCAGUGGAGAUGGAGGCAGCAGAGAAGCUGCUCCUAGAAAACCGACCCCUGAGCCAACUCAGCACACACCUCAUUCACAUGCUGUCGACUGAAAACCAGGAGGUCUGGGAGGAGUGUAUUCAGUGUCUGUCUCUACUGGUCCAGCUGUAUGGAGGAGAGGGUUAUGAUUGCCUGUCACCUUCUUGUUUGCAAAGCUUUUCACACACGCUGCGCACACACAUGCACACCAAGACCCCCCGAAUCCAACGCACAACACUUAGGAUCAUCAAACGACUGGUGCAGACUACGGAGCAAUCUGAUUGGUUAGAGUGUCCUGAAGGGGCAGAGCUAAUGUGUCUACUGCAGGAUAUAACUACGUCCAACAGGUGC